UGCCAAGAUGUCGCUUUUGAUCAAGCACAAUGAGAGGCUGAGGAAGUUCAAGAACAAAGGCAAGGACCCCACUGCCCUGCGGAGGCAGAGAGUGGAGGUGACAGUUGAGCUGCGGAAGGCCAAGAAGGAUGAGCAGAUCUUGAAGCGCAGGAACAUUGAACAAAAUGAAAUGGAGAUGGAGAGGAAUCUCUCUACAAGAGAAGAUGAAAGACAUGAGAUCAUUCUCCUCUCCUUGGAGGAAAUCCUUCAAGGUGUGAAUGGGAGUGACAGUGAGCUGCAGCUGCAGGCCACGCAGGCCACCAGGAGACUGCUGUCCAGGAGGAAGGACCCCCCUAUCAGUGAGAUCAUCGAGCUGGGGAUCAUCCCCAGGCUGGUUGAAUUCCUCACCUAUGCUGACAAUGCUCCUCUGCAGUUUGAAGCUGCCUGGGCACUGACUAACAUCGCUGCUGGCACCUCGGAACACACCAAGGCAGUGGUGGAGGGAGGUGCCCUCCCAGCCUUCAUCUCCCUGCUGUCCUCCCCACACAUGCACAUCAGUGAGCAGUCUGUGUGGGCUCUGGGCAACAUUGCAGGUGAUGGUCCUCUGUACAGAGAUGCUCUUAUCAACUGCAACGCGCUUCCUCCCUUGCUGGCUCUGGUGUCUCCUGCAACUCCAGUUUGGUUCCUGAGGAACAUCACGUGGACACUCUCAAACUUCUGUAGGCACAAGAACCCCUAUCCCCCUCUGGAUGCAGUGCAGAAGAUGCUGCCAGCCCUCAUCUGCCUCCUGGAACAUGAGGACAAUGAAAUCAUCUCCGACUCCUGCUGGGCCACUUCCUUUCUGACCGAUGGCUCCAACGACCGCAUCCAAGUUGUGGUGGAUACAGGGAUUCUCCCACGGCUGGUGGAACUCAUGGCCAGCCCAGAGCUGAUCAUUUUGACUCCAGCUCUCCGCACCGUUGGGAAUGUGGUCACAGGGACUAACGAGCAGACCCAGGCAGCUAUCGAUGCUGGUGUCUUGGCUGUCCUGCCCCAUCUCCUGCAACAUGCAAAGCCAACCAUACAGAAGGAAGCAGCCUGGAUGCUCAGUAACAUCGCAGCAGGGCCUUGCUGGCAGAUCCAGCAACUCAUGACCUGUGGGUUGUUGCCUCCUCUGGUGGAGCUGCUCGAUAAGGGGAACUUCAGUGCUCAGAAGGAAGCUGUAUGGGCAGUAGCCAACUUCACAACAGGAGGAACUGUGGAGCAGAUAGUGGAGCUUGUCCAGUCUGGGGUCCUCAAACCUCUGCUCAAUCUCCUUUUGGCCAAGGACAGCAAAACCAUCCUGGUUAUCCUGGAUACCAUUUCAAAUCUCUUCCUGGCAGCUGAGAAGCUGGGAGAGACAGAGAGGUUGUGUCUGCUGGUGGAGAAGCUUGAUGGUCUGGAGAAGUUGGAAGCCUUGCAGAUCCAUGACAACAAAAUUGUCUGCCAAGUUGCCCUGAACAUCAUCGAGAAAUACUUCUCUGGGGAGGUAUGUGAGCUCUUGCUGUCUCUCACCUGGAAAUAGGAAGCUGUUGUACACUGAAAUGAAGCACAGGCUUUAAGGAUAAGUUCUUGGAAGGGACCUCUACAUGACUGGAGUAGUCCUUGCAGCUUGUGCCAGUUGCUUUUAAAGGUCUCUAAAAGCUCCGAGUUGUCAGCUGAGGAGUUGCACAGCAGAUAGGGGUGCCUUGAUAGUAUCUUGCUGCUGGAAUUCAAACUGGCAUCAGCUGGAGCUAUUGCAGUUGCUGAUGUGAAUACCAAAUGUGGAGAAGUUUCCUUCUUCAGAGCUGAGCUGGCUUGUCACUAUGAAUGGAAGCCUCCUACUCGGCUGAUAACCAUACUCAGGUUGCAUUUGGAUUACUUGACCCUUCUCAUGCAGACAGACGUAUGGAAAAAGGGAAUAGGACACCAUGGAGCAGUUGCAGGAGUCCCAUGACUGCCACAGAUGCUGUGUGUGCUCCCAGCCUUCGUCUUGCAGAUGGGGAAACGUGAGGGAAGAGGCUUAGUACUCUGGCGGAUCUUGGAGCUAAGGCUUAGUCUGGGUAUGAACUGCAGCAGCAGGGAGCAAGUACAGUCAUAGAAUAGUUAAGGUUGGACAGGACCUUAAGAUCAUCCAGUGUCUGUUCUGGUCCCCUGCCCAGAACAGGGUUUAUGGGAUGUCCCUGUGUGAGGGUAUGGAGGAAGCUCCCCUACACAUAGCACCUGCCCGAGGGGCUGGAUGCCAGGGCAAUAUCUCCAAAGCAGUCCUGGCCUCUUGCUGUUCCAAGCAGGCUAUUUAAUUAGAGUGAGUUCUGCCACUCCAGCCACUCUUUCCUUCUGCCUUUAAUGUCUGAGCCUGUAGACUUGGCUGCUCUCUGUGUGAGAUGCAGGGACACUGCAGCUCCAGUGUGCUGUAACAAACAGGAGGACUGGGUCUGGUCUCCAGGGGUCCUGCUAGAGUCAAGCUGAUCUCAACAGCUUGUUAGAGCAGCAGGGAAUUUCUUAAAGCAAGGAAACUGCUGUAGGAAGGUUCAGGCAAGCUCUGGUGUAAAAAGCUUAGGUUUAAGAUGCAGAACCUUUAACUGAUGGCAAUUGACUUCCUCCUAGGUAGAUUCAGACCUGCGUUGAGUCUGGACUCUCAUAGUCCGAGGUGGACUGUAUGAUCCCUCAGCAGAGAAGGAGAGCUUCACCUUCUAAGAUGAAGCACUACAUGGCUCUGAGCUGGUGGGUGGAGGUGUUGGGCAUCGAACUUGAGAGGAGCAAAGAUGCUGAGUCUUUCUACUGUGAGACUCAUCAAUAAAUUGCACUUCUGGCUUUGUA